AUGGAGGAACGACGGCGGCUUGCACCAAAUGACGACGUCACACGGGUGAGUCACGCGAAAUUUUUUGAAACCUUUGAGGGAUCAUUCAAAAAGGAAUAUCUGAAAUUUCUGAUUGAAUGAACCUCAUAAUUAGUGAAAUCGAAAAAAUAAAUAAAAAUCAUAGUUUUUUUUCUGUGUCGAUCUUAAUUUAUUGAUUGUUAGCCCUCGAGUUGGCAAUAUUCAGACGCAACCUGGAAUGGUCACACUCAACAUCCCAGACGAGGAGCCUCACGUCGCCACAACCAGCAAUCUGAAAAAGUCUCUGUCGAUGACCAGCAUCCGGAACAAGAUUCGCGACAAACGAGAGAAGUUCCGACGUCUCUCAAAGUCGUCAGAAGCAUUCUCAAUCCUGGAACGUUUCAGAGAACCAGUGUGCUGGUAUAAUCGUCUUCUUGAUUCUGGGCACGGCCUGCAACAUUCUCGCCUACUUUGCCAGCGUCUGGUCGGCUCAACUCAACGCCGAAGUCGUCCGGACGGCUGUCGAGAACGAGCACACGUUCAGAUUCAAAUUGAAGAAAAGUUAGUUGAUUGAAAACCGAAAUUUGAAAGAGAAAAAAACUGUUUAGUUGAAGGACUUUGUUUCACUCGCUGCUAAAGAAGGUUCUUGAAAAUAAUAAAAAUUAUUUCAAGAACUAUUUCAUUUUUCGAGUGUUUCAGUGGAUCAUAUGAUUCUCAAAAUGACACAGUUGCGCUAAAUUCUGAUAAAUAGAAUCAAACUUCACUCACCAAAGUAUACGAAAACUCCGAUUUUUUUUUUCGAGCUUUUCAGGUUUUUAGAAAGUUUACUAAAAUGGUCGCUCCACGUUAAUUAUUUGCAGCACUAGCCGAGGCUCCAUCAAAGUAUCUUAUUGGCCUUCUGAACUUUGGUGGACGUGUCUUGAGUGCUAUUGGAACUGUUAUGCUGGUUCAGGUCAGUAGUUUCAUAAUUUUUAUUAGCUGAGACUUGUGAGAAAUUUUUUACAAGAAAUGAAUUCCUAGACCUUAAUCUUGAUUUUUAAUUUUUAAGAAAAUAAGACCUACAGGUAGUCGCUACGUACUUCAAACGUCGACGGUACAGUGUUCUGAUGAAAAGUGCGGCCGAAGAGGCGGAUACCGUAAUCAGCGACGCUCACGUCGGCAUCACCGACACGGCUGGAGAAUGUUGUCUCAGUUGCUUUCAGGUUUGGAACGAAAAUUUGCGAAAAAAAAAGUCAUAAUGUAGAACAAGAAUAUAGUCCUCUUCGCAUGAAGAUAAAAAAUUUGAAAAAAUUUGGCCCGAGUUUUACUUUGACUAAAAGUAACGAAACUAUUUUCUGUAAAUGGAAAAAGCUUUGCAAGUUUUUAAGAAACCUUUACCUCUUUCGAAUAUUUAAUGGUGGCUUUUAUAGUCGCUCCCUGAAGAAAUUGAGAAGAAUUUGAGAAGAAAAAGAAAUUGAGUUCUUCAUUUUCAGUCUCUAACCUGA